CCUCACGUGAUCGCGCCUGGGGAGAAAACGCCUGACCCCAGCCCCCGGCCUUCUAGGCGCAGUCUUCCCUCCCUGCAGCUAGUUGACUUCUCGCCCUUCGGCCACCGGCACGUCUCUCCACCCCGUCCCGGGGUGUCCCCGGAGCCCCGUCCGCCAUGCGGCUCCUGCAUCUGGCCCCAGGUGGGCCCUCGCGGGGCAGCUCCCGCCACCUGCUUGCCUGUAGACCGGCAUUGCUGCUGCUUCUGCUGAGCGGCUUCCUAGGGGCUUCAGGGGUGGCAGCAGGCUCCCGGAGGCCCAAUGUGGUGCUGCUCCUCACCGACGAUCAAGACGAAGUGCUCGGCGGCAUGACACCACUAAAGAAAACCAAGGCCCUCAUUGGAGAGAUGGGAAUGACUUUCUCCAGUGCUUAUGUGCCAAGUGCUCUGUGCUGCCCCAGCAGAGCCAGUAUCCUGACAGGGAAGUACCCACAUAAUCAUCAUGUCGUUAACAACACUCUGGAGGGAAACUGCAGUAGCAAGUCUUGGCAGAAGAUCCAAGAGCCAAAUACUUUCCCAGCAAUCCUCAGAUCAAUGUGUGGUUAUCAAACUUUUUUUGCAGGGAAGUAUUUAAAUGAGUAUGGAGCCCCAGAUGCAGGUGGACUAGAACAUGUCCCUCUAGGCUGGAGCUAUUGGUAUGCUUUGGAAAAGAAUUCGAAAUAUUACAAUUACACCCUCUCUAUCAAUGGGAAAGCACGGAAACAUGGUGAAAACUACAGUGUGGACUACCUGACAGAUGUUCUGGCUAACGUCUCCUUGGACUUCCUGGACUACAAGUCCAACUUUGAGCCAUUCUUCAUGAUGAUUUCCACUCCAGCACCUCAUUCACCUUGGACAGCUGCACCUCAGUACCAGAAGACUUUCCAGAAUGUAUUUGCACCCAGAAACAAGAACUUCAACGUCCAUGGAACGAACAAGCACUGGUUAAUUAGACAAGCCAAGACUCCAAUGACUAAUUCUUCAAUACAGUUUUUAGAUAAUGCAUUUAGGAAAAGGUGGCAAACCCUGCUCUCUGUUGAUGACCUUGUUGAGAAGCUGGUCAAGAGAUUGGAGUUCACUGGGGAGCUUAACAACACUUACAUCUUUUAUACCUCAGACAAUGGCUAUCACACAGGACAGUUUUCUUUGCCAAUAGACAAAAGACAACUGUAUGAGUUUGAUAUCAAAGUUCCACUGUUGGUUCGAGGGCCUGGGAUCAAAGCAAAUCAGACAAGCAAGAUGCUCGUUGCCAACAUUGACUUGGGUCCUACUAUUUUGGACAUUGCUGGCUACAACCUAAAUAAGACACAGAUGGAUGGGAUGUCCUUAUUGCCCAUCUUGAGAGGUACCAGUAAUUUGACCUGGCGGUCAGAUGUCUUGGUAGAAUAUCAAGGAGAAGGUCAGAAUGUCACGGACCCAAUAUGUCCUUCCCUGAGUCCCGGAGUAUCUCAAUGCUUCCCAGACUGUGUUUGUGAAGAUGCUUAUAACAACACCUAUGCUUGUGUAAGGACAAUGUCAGCAUUAUGGAAUUUACAGUACUGCGAGUUUGAUGACCAAGAGGUGUUUGUAGAAGUCUAUAAUCUGACUGCAGAUCCAGACCAAAUCACUAACAUUGCUAAAAGUAUAGACCCAGAGCUUCUAGGAAAGAUGAACUAUCGAUUGAUGAUGUUACAGUCCUGUUCUGGGCCAACCUGUCGCACUCCAGGGGUUUUUGACCCCGGAUACAGGUUUGACCCUCGUCUCAUGUUCAGCAAUCAUGGCAGUGUCAGGAUGCGAAGGUUCUCAAAACAUCCUCUUUAGCGACCAUGCCCAGCCUCAAGUGGGAUCCCUUCACGACUCCUCCUGAUGAAGUGACUGUAGUAGGUGUCUGUAGCUCAUCUUUGAGACCAUGCCUGGAAAAGCUCUGGACUGGUUCUAAGUCCUAUUUGAAAAGCAACCCAAUCAGCUGACUUCCUCGUGCAAUGUGUUAAACUGUGAAUUCUGCCCAUAGGUCAGGGAGUGGCUACCCUUGUCUCUUUCCUCAGAUGAUAACGAACACUCCUGAAGUCUUUGUUCUCACCAUGUCCUUUCUGUCCUGGGGCCACAGUUCUUGAUUAUCCCCAUGUGGUCAGAGUCUGAAUGUGUAAAUCCAUUCAGAUAGGGAAAAAGUAUGAAAACCUUUUGGUUUAUGAGUUGAUCUAAAUUCAAAGGACCUGCACACACUUCAGACUGAGCACCUCACUAUCAAAAAUACUAACAUCACAUGGCUUGAAGAAUAACCCUCAGCUGAAUCAUCAGAUCAUAGAACAGGUACCAUUGUUUUAAAAUAAGUAGAUAAUGUUGUUUAUAAAAUCCAUCACAGUGUGAUAAGGUGGCAAAUUUAAAACAUGUCAACCAAGCUGUUUCUUUGGAAUUCUGGGUUAGUGCUACAUUGAGAUAGGGCAGUAAGCUGUGGUAAAGGCUAAUUCCAGGUUGCUCUUGAAGGUGACAGCCACCUGCUUUCCAGUGGCUAACCAUGUGGAGUGCCAGUCAGCACUAGCAGUAUUGAGGAAAUGUCUCUUGAGACUUCCGCCUCUAAACUGUCAAGGUACACAGUUGGGGAAGGUUGUGUUUCUGAGGGCCUUCUGUAGACCAGGCUCUUGGGUCAACAGGUUGAAGGGCCAAACUUGGGAGGAAGCAAGUGCCUGUCCCACAGGGAACCUAACUUAUCAGUGCCACAUAUGAAGUUGUUUGGACUCUAUUUUGCUGUCAUUAUUUUCUGUCAUUUGUUUUAAGAUGUAAAAAUGCCCUGUAGUUGAUGCAAAUUAAAGUAGCAUCAACUGCUUUAUCCUAUCUUCUUCUCUUUCAGAUAGGUUCUUCCUGAGUUUCUGGAAUCUUUUAUUACUUAUCAAAAUCAGAUUUUUAGGUUUCACUGCUUAGAACACACACGUUUUGUUUCUUGGCUUGAAAACCAGUUCCGUUUCUAAUGUUUUCUUCAAGAAGGCUGAUUAUAGGUGGGACAGCAAGGGAGGAAGAGCUGUGGUUUAUAACCUGUUCAACUCAGGCAAUAAGUGAUUUUAGCUUUAUUUAAGGCCUGUCGAGCUUUAAGCACUUCUUAAGACAUGGCCGUAGUUAACUUUUCUAUCAGAACUCCAGAUAGCCAUGUUGGGUUAGUAGCCAUUGGAUUUUUUCUUUUACCUCACGUGACCCCAGCAACUGUGGUGGUACCUAGAGGUGAAUAGGCUGAUGAAAUGAACACCUCUGCUGUGAAUGCUUUAGAGAAAAUUUUAAAAAUAAGUGUAACUAAAAGCAACUAUAAUGUUGAAUGUGGGUAUUGACUUUAUUCUCCACUUUGAUUCUUAUUCGUCAACUUUGACAUUAGUGAAAGUUGACCAUAGUUAUUCCCAAAUAAAAAGAAACCAACUCUUACCAGGUCUUGGACUGUGAUGUCAUAUUAUUCAGUUUAUGAUGCUGGUUCCUGAAAGCAGGUGGAGUCUUAAGAGUGACACGAGUCAGCUGCCAGCAGCCUCUCUGCCACACUGCUCUUGCGUCCAGCUGAUGUGUCUGGGUGUGAGAUGUGGUAAGGCCUUCCGUGUACCUCUUUUAGUUUGGGGAUCUUUCCUAGCUAACCUUAAAAUAGACCUCAGUUUCUAGCCUAACGGACUGCAGGGCGCACUGCUGUUUUCAGAAUGUUUUUGUACAAGGGACCCACUUGCAAGAGGCUUUCCUUGUUCUUAACUGUACUGAUUUGGAUUUUGAUUAUUUUCCCUUUUAAGGUCAGGUUCAUGUCUAUUGGUACCCUGCAGAGUAGAGGACUGUAAAACCACUGGGAAUGAAUAGAGGCCUUUGGAAUGAAGAGAUUUUUGCCUUACAACAUUUCCUAUUAUAAAGUUCUCCCUCAUAUAAUUUCAAAGCAGGGAAUACAUUGAGUAUCUUUGAAUUGACAAACGGUGCUUUUGCAAACAUAUUUUAAUUGACGACACUAGGGUUUUUGUACAAAAUAGUAAUGAUAGCCAUAGAAGUUACACCUUAAUCUGUGAGGAAUGUUCUUAAAUUUAUUUUUAAGUAGUAAGGAUUAGUGCUUUUCAAAUGAAAGCUAACUUGUCCCAGGAUCCUUAAGAGAAAGCAGAGGGGACUUCAACUGAUCCACCAAUGGAAUUAGAUGGGUAUAUUUAGGUUCUUUAGAUUUACUACUUUGUUCCCACUGAAUUUUUGUAAACUCCCUAUGUUUGCAUCAUCUGUUCCUGGAGGUUACUCGGCCCUGGCUCUCUGUCAUCAGUCAUUUCACUUAGAAAGUGCCCUUCGAAGGACCCUGUUCACUGCUGCACUUUUCAACAAAUUAAAAUUUAUUUCUGUUCUA